AUGCAACAAAUAACAACAGCACUAGCAGCAGAAGGAGCAGCAGCAGAAGCACUAAAGGUGCAGGCGCUGCAGCUGCUGCAGCUGCUGCUGCUGCUGUCUCCUCCUAUGCGUACUGCAUGUACUAUACAGGGUGGGCUUGAGGCGCUGCUGAGGGUUUUGUCGGUCGAGUUGAACUUCGUUGCUGCUUCUCCUCAGGCUCUCACGGCGCUGCGGUGUCUGCUGCUGCUGGCAGCAGAUGACAGCGGUCUGGUUGCUGCUUCUCCUCAGGCUCUCACGGCGCUGCGGUGUCUGCUGCUGCUGGCAGCAGAUGACAGCGGCUGCAAGUAUAUGCGUGAGGCUCAGCUGCUGCAGCAGCUGCUGCUGCUGCUGCGCUUCCUGCAGCAGCAGCUGCUGCAGCAGCUCCUAAGCGAGCAGCAGCAGCUGCUGCUGGGCGACAUAUCAACUGCAACACCAUCACCAGACAAGCAGCAACCAAGCAGCAGCAGCAGCAGCAGCAGCAGCAGCAGCAGCAGCAGCAGCAAACGCAGCGGCCUGGAGAAUAUAUGUAAGGCUACAAAGCUGCUGCUGCUGCUGCUGCAGCAGUUUGUUGCAUGCACAGAAACUGCUGCUGCUGCUGCUGCAGCAGAUGAUGGGUUCACGUUGCUGCCCUUUGGCUAUGCGCGGCUGCAGCAGGGCACUGCAGCAGCAGCAGCAGAUACAGCAGCAACGCAUGCAGCAGCAGCAGCAGCAGCAGCAGCAGCAGCAGCAAGACAAGAGGGUAUUAGCUCUGCUGAAUUUGUCGGCACUGCAGCAGCAGCAGAUACAGCAGCAACGCAUGCAGCAGCAGCAGCAGCAGCAGCAGCAGCAGCAGCAGCAGCAAGACAAGAGGGUAUUAGCUCUGCUGAAUUUGUUAAGAAUUGCGUGGCGCUGCUGCGGUGCGGCCUUGCUGCUGCUUGUGCUGAGUUUGCUGCUGAGUGUGCUGCUGCGCUGCAGCAGCUACAGCAGCAGCAGCAGCAGCAGCAGCAGCAGCAACAGCAGCAGGAUCCACAGCAGCAGCAGCAGCAGCAGCACCUGCUGCUUGUGCAGCAGCAGCAGCAGCAGCAGCAGCAACAGCAGCAGGAUCCACAGCAGCAGCAGCAGCAGCAGCAACUGCUGCAGCACUGCUACGCAGCAAAGCAAAUCCUAGCAGAGGCCUUGGGUUUACUUGUUUCUGCUGCAAGAGGGGCCGGUGCUGCUGCUGCUGCUGCUGCACUGUCUGCUUCGCCGCAGCAGCAGCAAACACUGCAGCAGCAGCAGCAGCAGCAGCAGCAGCAGCAGCAAGACCCACUGUCAUGGUUGGUGCAUGCAGUGCUUGUCUCGUUUGAGGGUCUCCGCGCCGCAGCAGCAGCAAACACUGCAGCAGCAGCAGCAGCAGCAGCAGCGGCAGCAGCAAGACCCACUGUCAUGGUUGGUGCAUGCAGCGCUUGUCUCGUCAGGGGAUUCGGAGCUGCAGCAGAUGCUGCUGACCUCGAUAGACCUUCGCUCCCGAGCAGCAGCAGCAGCAACAGCAACAGCAGCAGCAGCAGCAGCAGCAGCAGCAGCAAGGGAGAGGCAGUCUGA